GUUUGCAUUUUUAAACCCUCUGAGGACGCUCCUCUGCAAACGGCUCCAUCUCUCGGCAGUAGCCGUUGACGGCUCUUCAGUGACGGAUUGAGUCCGCUGUACCAUUUCCUUUCCCCUUUUAAUUUUAUUUGGGACAAACGAGAAGGAGUGCAAUCUCAGGCCUCACCAUACUCAAUGAGCGGACAGCGCAAUGUCAGAGCGCUCUGGGCAAACUGCAAAGGGGAAGGAAGGCAAAAAGUAUGCGUCCCUCAACCUGUUUGAUACGUACAAAGGAAAGAGCCUCGAAACACAAAAGCCUGUUGUUACCCCCCGCCAUGGCCUGCAGUCUCUUGGUAAAGUUGCCUCCGCGCGGCGUAUGCCCCCUCCUGCCAACCUGCCCAGUCUGAAGGCAGAAAACAAAGGCAACGACCCAAACGUCUCGCUCGUCCCUAAAGACGGCACAGGAUGGGCAAGCAAACCGGAACAAGCAGACCCAAAGAGUACCGAUGCAUUGUCAUCAGCGCAGCCGGAGCCGCAGCCGCCUGUGGCUUCACCGAUGCCUGCUCCGACCCAACCGAGAACUCCCCCGGUCCCAGAGGCGCCAGCAGACAAGGCGAUUGCUCCGGCUCCAGUCCAGGCCGCAGGGGCAAGAUCCUGGGCUCAGGCCAGUGUUACACAUGGAACACCAGGGGACGGUGGAAAGGCAUCAAACCUACCGUCGCCGUUCUCUCGAGAGGAGUUUCCCACCCUGCAGGCGGCUGGAGACCCGGACAAAGCUGGCAAAGAACAGGCCACUGCAGAUCAGUGGUAUGGGCCCGGACCAAGCCUCCGCCCCCAGAACGUUACAAGCUGGCGGGACGGUGGGGGCCGGGCUCUGACCCUCACUGGGGAGGGGGCCGCGGAGGGGGGCUCUGGAGGGGCUCUGGUCAUGGACGGGGCAGCGGGGGUCCCGCCUCAGAACCAGACCCAUGGACCUCAGAGGAACCCUCCGGCUGGCAGUCCCGCCAUGGCCCUGCCCCAGCCCCCUGUAGGGCCGGGCUUCCCCGCAUACAGAGGAAUCAUGCCUCCAUUCAUGUAUCCUCCUUAUUUGCCCUUCCCGGGCCCCUAUGGUCCUCAGGGGCCCUAUAGAUACCCGCCGCCAGGUGAAGGGCCUGCCCCCAGGUUUGCUCGAGGCCAGGGUCCGGACAGGGCUCAAGGCCCCCGUGACACAGAGGCAGUGAAGCGGCCCUCCAUCCUCAAACAGGAUGACCUGAAGGAGCUGGAUGAGCUGGACCAUGACAAUGACGAGGGCUGGGCAGGAGCACAUGAGGAGAUAGAUUACUCUGCAAAACUGAAGUUCAGUGAUGAUGAAGGAGAGGAAGAGGUGGAGGAGGACAGAGCUGACAAAAAGAAUGACUCUCAUGAGCAGAGGCCCCAAGACACCCCUCCGGCUGCAAGUCGCUCUCGAGCUCUGGAGAACAAUGACCUGCGACACACCCCUCCCUCUAACGCCGACAACGGCCCCCUGCCCCCGCCUAGUAAAGCUGCCUGGGCCGAGGAGGGGGGCAGCGGCUGGGGGGGAUCAGGAGCUCCACCAAACUUCCAGGACCGGUCGCUGAACCAAGGAGGUGUUCUGGUACCAGGUAAAACAGGCCCCCCUCCUCACCCCCCUGCAGCUGGAGGCCCCCCUCCACAGGCCCUCCUGGUCCACGGGCCGCAGGGCGAUGAUGAGGAUGAGACCUGGCGUCAGCGCAGGAAGCAGUCAUCCUCUGAGAUUUCUGCAGCAGUGGAACGAGCCCGCCGCCGUCGCGAGGAAGAGGAAAGGCGUAUGGAGGAAGAGCGCAGAGCUGCCUGUGCUGAAAAACUGAAACGACUUGAUGAGAAGCAGCAGCAGCAGGGUCCCAGCGGCAGUAAGACCCCCAGCCUCGACGGGACGUCUACUGCCGCCACAGCAGGCAGCCCCAGCCCCUCGCUGUCCGCCUCCUCCCCCAACACCAGCCAGCCACCCUCCCCCUGUGUCGACCCCGAGGAGCCCCCCCUGCCUCCAUCUGCUGGACCGGGCCCUCUAGUUAUCGAGAGGCAGAGGGCCAGUAGCAACAGCAGCUAUGACUCUGGGGCAGAUGUGCAGCAGUGUUCGCCAGCACCAGUGGCGCAGCCUCAGCAGCCUGUCCUGGAAAUGCCUUUACCAGAGGCUAAAGAAGAGCCCAUCAGAGAUGCUCACGUCCGAGGAGGUGAACGCGACCAAGUGAAGAUGGAGGUUAUGGGAGGAGGUCGACAGUCUGGUCCCCCGGGACAAGGCUACUCCAAAUACCAGAAGUCUCUGCCUCCGCGCUUCCAGAGGCAGCAGCAGGAGCAGCUCCUGAAGCAGCAGCAGCAGUGGCAGGCGUCUCAGAGCCAACUGUCCCCUCAGCCCCAGGGCCCUGCCCCUCAGCAGGGACCAGGCCCAAAGCAGGGUCCCAUGUACCAGCCAGGGAAUAUGGUGCGCCCCCCUCCUCUGCCCAUGAACUUUGACCCUCGCUGGAUGAUGAUGCCCUACAUGGACCCUAGAAUGAUGCAGGGCCGUCCGCCUCCCAUGGACUACUACUCCGCGGGUAUGCACCCCUCUGGCCUAAUUGGACGUGAACGGUCUGAUUCAGGGGGCUCUGGCUCAGACCCCUUUGACAGGCAGCAGCACCAGGGGCAUCCUCAUCGUGGGACUCCUCCCAUGGACCCUAAACUGGCCUGGGGUCCGGAGGUGUUCCCCGGAGCACCAGAAGGUCGUAGCCUCACAUCUCCUUUAAGGCAGAAACAGCCCCUGGAUGAGGAAGAAGUGACCAAGGGACCCAGGAGUGACACUCCCCCACAUCGCAUGCGUGAGGUUGGUUUGGGCCCUAUUCAGCAGCCAAACUCCUCUGGAACAUCCAACCAAACACCACCUCCGGUUGGGUCGCAGGUUGGAGGACAUCCACACCACUACAUGAGCGGACGGGGCAAUUAUAGCAACUUCCCUGAUCAGGGAGGGAGGCUGCCUCAUCCACAGCAGCGCGGCUCAGAGAGGGGCUUCGGCCACCAGGAUGAGGGUCCUACUCGAGGGGUGCAGCAAGGACAGAUCUGGGGAGCUCAACAUUUCGACCGCAACGGGCGCCCAGAGCACCCCUCCGAAAACACCCCUCACAUCCAACAGCCACACUUCCCUAUGCACCACAAGAACGACAGGGACCGGGACAGGACCAGCGAGGCCCCAAAGAAGAGCGACGCCUCCCCCCCGCUUCACCCUGCUCUGUCCUCAUCCUCCUCCUCCUCCUCCACAUCGACCCGGGACGAUGGGACCAAAGGCCUGCACCCACAACCCGCCCCCAGGGAUGACCAUAGUGAGCGUAGCAGUGGUCCCACACACCCAAAACAGGACAAACAAGGCCCUGCCUAUGCGCCUCACUCGGCCACCAGCCCCCCACCAACCCAGGCCCCACAGCAGCACCCACAGCAGCACCCACAGCAGCACCCACAGCAGCACCCACAGCAGCACCCGCAGCAGCACCCUCAUCCCAAAACAAACCAAAGAGGCCCUCGGGAACACAAAACUGAGACGCAGUGGGGCCCGAGACCGAGCAGUGGUGCCCCAGUGGGUCAUGGCCGGAGGGGUAACAGAGAUGAGCAUGGUCCUGAGCAUAAACCCCCCCAACAAACCGGAGGGAACCCCAACAAACGGGCCGGUCCCAUCAAGAAACCGGUUCUCAAAGAAAUUAAAAAAGAAGAAGCUGAAGGAGAAAAGUCAAGCUGUGGCAAAGACAAAGAGCAGGACGGAGCUGCGUCUGCCCCCCCAGUAUCUCAGAAUUCACCUGCCCCAAAAGAGGACACAAACCAUAAACCAAGAAACACAGGAAAAGAGCGAUCAUCCGGACGAGGUCCCAAAGAUGCUGAGCUCUCCUCCUCUGGUCUACCCAGAAGGGAGAGGGAGCGCUCCUUUGAGAGGUCUGCCCCACAUGGAGGUGCUUCCAAAGGUAGAGGCGGCCGAGGGCGUGGAGGAGAGUUCUACGGCAGAGGGCGAGGCUAUAGAGGUUCGUACACGGGCAGUGCAGGUACAGGAGGGCCAUCCCGUGGAAGGAUGAGUGGCCGCAGCGGCAGAGACUACCGCUCUUCUGUGGGGCACCAUCCAGACUCAAAGGGGGAGGGAGCAGGGCAACCCAGGCCCGACCGGUCCCAGCAUAAUCCUGCCAGAGCCCGCAACAGGAGCGAAACCCGCAGUGAGGGCUCGGAGUACGAGGAGAUCCCCAAAAGAAGAAGAGAGAGGGGCUCCGAGACGGGCAGCGAGAGCGGCACCAGUGGCCCCUCAGACAAAGAGGACCAUCCCAAACCAUCCAAGAACGGGCCAGAAAGUAGUGUACCCCUCUCUGCCCCGCCCAGAUCCAACCAGACCAGAGUGUUCACCCCCCGAGGUGUGCCCUCCCGCCGAGGCAGAGGCGGCAGCAGUGGGGCAAACAUGUACCGCGGCAGUGGCAACCUUGGGGGUCCCGUUGGAGGGCACCGGGUUGGUCCCAUCUCUGCCUCACACGGCGGACCUAAGUCUGCCUCAGGCCGCAGGCAGCAACAGCAGGGUCCAGCACCAGCGCCCAAAGAUACGGGACGGGGAGCACACUCAGAGAAGAAAGAGAAGACGAGUGACGGAGGCCCCCCUUUGACCCAGGCUCCGCCCCAACCUAUACCUGCUCCUGCCCCCCCUCCCACAGCCACUGAAAAUGGCAGCAUUAUCACACAAGUGUCCAACUCCACCCCUAACCCUGCAGGUCCCAACGCCCUGCCCCCAAACCGUGGGUUUCCACCCGGAGGCUUCGAGAGACCCCCAAGACGCCGGCGCCAUGGCCGCUCUCAGCACCAACAGGACAAGCCCCCACGCUUCAGGCGCCUGAAGGAGCGCGAGAAUGCAGCGCGCAUCAACGGAGGGGUGGGUGUGAUCGGGGCGGGACGGCCAUCCUCUCCCUCUGUUAAUGCUGUUACUGCUGAAACCAAUGGGGCCACAGUGCCCCCUUCAGGCAAUGCCCCGAACUCCAACCACAAUACCAAUAACCACCACCACCACCACUACAACCAGGGCCCCCACCACCAUGGGGCCAAGUCCCCAGACUUCACCAACCAGAACUCAGACCAGGCCAACGAGGAGUGGGAGACGGCCUCCGAGAGCAGCGACUUCACCGAGUUCAGAGAGCGCGACGCAGGGGGAAAGUACAACCCUCACGGGCACCACCCGGGGCGGGGUGGGCCCGGCAUCAAUGAUGUGUCGGGUAAAGAGCCCGCCUCCAACAAGAGAAGCUUCUCCAGCCAGAGGCCCGGCAUGGAGCGGCAGAACCGCAGGGUUACACCCGGAGGAGGGGGAGGGAAAGGCCCCCGCAUGCCCCCCGGAGGGGGCCCCGGGGGCAAUGGUAGUGGAAGAGGAGAGAAACGGGGAAACUGGCCCUCCCCCAAAAAUAGAAAGUGAUUCAUUUGAACAUUUCAGCCACACCUUUGUCCCGCAGAUGGAGUUGUACAGUUUGAGUUUCUCUCUGACCACGAUCACAACCGUCCGCUCGAUGUGAAUCUGUCUCUGGAGGACUGAAGCAUGUGGCUCUGAGGCGCUUGCUGCAUCGAAGCACAAAGAAAUCUGAAAACAUGGAACUCAUGCGAAAGUGUGGAGUGAAAAAGUGGGAAUAAUCAGCAGUGUUGGAUCUUUUAUAUUUAUGUACCAGUGUCUGUCUGCACCUCCGCGACACUAGGGGCAGUGCAGUGUCAUCUUUUAACAAGAACUAUGUAAAAUGUGUGUUUGUGACUUGUCUUUGUUCAGUUUCUACUUUAACAGAUCUAUUUCUUUUCAUCAUUUACAGCAGGUCAUUAAAAUAUCUUUUAUAAAACAAUCCCACAUUUUCUCCUCAGUUGGUCUAGACCACAGACAGUGGAUGCAUUGGACUGAAACUAGAGCCUGGUUGUAUGAAGUCAGGCUUUACUUACAAUAUUUUAGCUUUAAUGGAAGCUAGCUGGCUCUUUAUACAAACUUUGACUGGGGCUGUGACUUGAACAUUAUAUUAUAGUAUUUCUAUUUCCUAACAUUUUUAUGAAACUGAGAGCUGACCUUCAUGCUACUGGUAUUUCAGUCCAUUAAGCUUCUACUGUCUACCAUUAUAAACCAUUAUAAACUAAUAUUAUUUCAUGACUUAAUUCUUUAUUAGUUCUGCUAGUUCCCUUUAGCCACUGAUCUGCUGUUUUUUCAUUGCUUUUUGUCAGUCCAUUUUUAAAAUUCAAAGGCCUUUUUUCCCAAGCCUCUUCGUAGCAUCUCUCAACCUGCAGCAAACUGACAUUCAUUUACACGGACAAUAGUCUAACUUCCUCCCUCGUUUGAGUUUUGUUCACCAUUUGAGGACUGUAUUAAUCAACUCAGUGGCUUUUUCCUGACAAGCUAAUGUUAUUAUUUCACUUCAAAAAUAACUUCAGGUAAAACGUAGGAGACGAAUGAGUAAAAAUGAAAUGUCUGGUUUCAAAAUAUGUGUGUGACUUUCAUAGGAUUGUUUCAGUAUGUUCUUAUAAGCACUCCUUGUACAAUAACAUGCAUUCAGUUCCUUGGUUUGGCCUACUUUUAGGUUAUGAAUGCUUAAGAAAAAAAGUAGGCAAGACAUGCACGGAAGUUAGUGCUUUUUAUGGGGCUAAAUGAAUGCAACUUUGGACUUUUCGGGUGACCUUGCUAGUCGUCGCCUACAUUUCACCACACGGUUGUUGUUGUUUUUUCUUAUCCACUGCAAUGAAUAAUGCUAACCUCGAGUGUUCAUACAGAAAAAUACUGAAUUUGUGAUGUUGAAAAUAGUUAAAAUGUCCUAGAGUUGGAGAAGUGUGCACUCGCAAAUCACUGCUGUAAGUUGGGGUCUUGUUUCGUUUACCGACAACAGUUUUUUGGGAUGUCUCGCGUUGGGCAUUUUGGUGUGUGCGUGUAUGUGUGUAAAUGCGUAGAAUCCGUGUGUGUGCGGUUCUUCUUGGCGUCUCAAAUAAAUAAAGGAAUAAAAAUAUAAAACUCGGAUCUUGGGUGGGGACCAUGGGGUACAGUACAACAAUGUAAUGGCAAGCGCUUCUGUCAUGCUUGCCCAUCACUUAAUUUAAUAUUAUCCUGUAUAAUUGAUUGAAAUCUACUGUUCUCCUUAAAUACAUCCACGUACAUACAUCUGACAGUGUGUAUAUGUAAACUAAUUGAAGAAAAGCCGUUUUUAAAGCAGGCAGGUGACGUUUGAUAGAUUUCCUUUUUCACUUUUUUGACUUGAGAGCAUGAACACAGCUCGCCUUUGCCUGUUACCGGCCUAAACUCUGACUCUAGCUGUUUUAACACUGGCAGGUCAUGCAACAUCCCUCCUUAACUCCUUACUCAUGUUGAUGUGUGCAUUAUUGUAUGUAUAGCAGAAGAAAAAAUACAAAAACAAAGAGUAGUGUAUCUGAAAAAUACUCAAAAGAUUGUACUAUGUUUCCGGCCUUUUUACGGAAACGCUGAGUGGUGCGAGGUGUUUUAGCAUCUAUGGUUUUAUUAAUGAAAGCAUAAUAUACACACAUGUAUGUAUAUUGGUAUGUAUCUAAGUUUUCUUUUCUUUUGUGUCUACCCCAACUUACAUUCCCACAAACAAAUGUUGCCAUUUUAGUUCAAGGGAGCAAUGUACAAGCAGAGAAGUGUCUUAUUAUAAUAAAAGUUAUACAGAGAAGGCAAAGUUAAAUAAACUACUUUUGAUUUAAUGGAAA